ACUGGGGGCUCCGGCGGCUCCGCUCUGCCUCGGCUCUCUCCGGCUCUCGGUCCUGGGCUCUCCUGGCCGCGAUCGCGCCCAGCCGGCCGGCGGGAUGGCCGCGCUCCUGCUGCCCCCGCUGCUGCUGCUCCUGCUGUGCCACGGCCCCGCCGGCAGCCUGGGCAACCGGCACGCGGUGCACUGGAACAGCUCCAACCCGCACUUGCGGCGGGAGGGCUACACGGUCCAGGUGAACGUCAACGACUACCUGGACAUCUACUGCCCGCACUACAACUCCUCGGUGCCUGAGGGGCGCAUGGAGCAGUACAUCCUCUACAUGGUGAACCACGAGGGCUACCGGACGUGCAACAUCAGCCAAGGGUUCAAGCGCUGGGAGUGCAACCGCCCGCAUGCGCCACACAGCCCCAUCAAGUUCUCAGAGAAGUUUCAACGCUACAGUGCAUUCUCGCUGGGCUAUGAGUUCCACGCUGGCCACGAGUACUACUACAUCUCGACUCCGACGCACAACCACCGCCGGGCCUGCCUUCGAAUGAGAGUCUUUGUGUGCUGUGCUUCUACGUCGCACUCUGGGGAGAAGGCGGCCCCGACCCUCCCGCAGUUCACUAUAGGGCCAGAGGUGAAGAUCGAGGAUUUGGAUAACUUUAACCCCGAGAUGCCCAAGCUGGAGAAGAGUAUCAGCGGGACCAGCCCCAAACGGGAACACUUACCCUUGGCAGUGGCUGCCGCCUUGUUCCUCAUGACUCUCUUGGCCUCCUAGCUGUGCAGGGUGCCAAGGGAGGGCACCGAGCACACCCGCGUGGACCCAGCUCCCUCCCCAGUGACUUCCUUGCCAUUGUGAAAGAACAAACAAACAAAAAAACGAUAUAUUUAACCCGGGAUAUCUGCAAGUAGGCAGCACGAGUGGCAGUCGGGGAGUGCCACGGUGGUGGAGUGCGAACCUUUUCCUGGCAGUGCCCCCCUCUCCCUCCCCCAGCAAAGGGAAUGAUAUUGCUGCAUCCUGCCCUCUCUCUUUCGCCUGUCCCAUCUGCCCGUUGCUGGGGAGGGGUGGGGGGGGAGAUUCAGAGGAGGUCCUGGGCAUUGUCCACUGCAACUGGGAAAGAGCCCCACCUACUUGCGGACUUCAAGGGAGAGGGAGCAGUUUGGUGUCCUGCCAAAGGUGGCCUUCGUCAUCUGGACAUCUGGGCCUCUGAGCCCAGCAGUGACCUAAGGACCACAGGCCACCGAGCCUGUAUACCAGCAGUCGGCCUUCUGCCAGUCUCUUUGGGUGCCCUAGGCGCAAACUGGCAACGAACAUCUGGAGCAACGAAGCGCCUUGAAGACCUCAGCUGGCUCGGGCCAGAACGUGGGGACGUCACACUCUGGCAAUGCUUUUGAGAGGGAGAGCUGUGCCCUGUUUGGAGAGGGACAUCCUGCUCACCCCAGAGAUGGGGGGCACUGUAUGCCCGCUGACUUGGGAUGCGUGGUACCCUAACUCUGGGUACCUGUACAUAUCGCAAUGUGUUCUGUACAGAGAGGUUCUAUUAUCCGUGUCUAUAGAUUAUCAUAAACUGUUCUUGUAGUGGGUGGGCACGGGGCGGGCGCCGGCCCGCCUGUGGAAGCCAGACUCUUUUUAAAUUCCUUUCCUUUUUCUUUUUUUUGAGGGUGUUUGUUUUUUUGGGGGCGAUUCCUCCCUUGUCUUCUGUGAAGACCAGACCUAUGCAAGACGCACGGACACUUUUCUUUCUGGGGCAAAAACCACGUCAACGGACAAGCAAAGGACCUUUGGGGGGGGGUGGUUGUUUGGGUUUUUUUGUGUUCUCAAGAGCUUUGGCUGGCGAUUUUCAUAUACUUGCUCUUAGUCUAUUAAAAAAAAUUAAUAAAAGGUGGAGAAAAAAAUCA